ACAGUGUCAAACUUGACGUGAAAUUUCAGUAUCCCAGAUGGAGGCUGCGAUAGCUAAACGAGAAGAGCACUUUAGAAUCCAAGCGGAUGGGCGCUGCCAGUGCUUGUUGAACGGUCAUGUCUUCGGCUCCAAUCCGCAGGACCUCUUGAAGUUCAUCGGAGGUGCCAAAUAUCAAAGGCUAUUGGCAAAAGCCGAAAAUGAAAAGCAAAUCAAACGAUAUGAACCCUUCAUCCAUACGUCCAAGAAUUUUGGAGACAAAAUGUACUGCAGUCUGACAUGCCAUUUGAUGAACAAGAACCUGGCAUCAAUUGAAAGGCACGUUCAGGGAAAGAAGUACAGAAAGGCGAAGGAGCUUCAUGAUAAGGGCGAGUUUGAGCUGAUUGUGGAGCCAGACCUUGUUGAAGAGGACGAGGAUGAAGACGAGGAGGAGACUGAGGCUCCCAUGGAUGCGGAUAUUACAAUUCCUUCGCGCCUGCCAACCAUGGAAGAGGAAGCAGGAGUGCAGGGAGACGAGGUUCCAGAAGUAAAAAUCCAGCAGGCGCAAGCAAAGUGCGGCAGCCCUAUGAGGCGGAAGCAAAGGACAGCACAUCACAAGAAAAAGCGUCAGAAAGCAAUGCCUUGACAAGGAUUUCCAUCACCGUGGCUUGUGCGUCCUCUGGGAUGCAGGCGGCUGCGGUAUAUCAAGUAAUGAAGUUGAAACUUUGGGGCAGGCAAAUUAAACACAGUGCAUCGCACUACUUCUUCUAGUCUAGCUCUAGGGGCCACAAAAUGUGUUGAUCGUGUGCACUGGUGAAAAUGCCAUUGAAAUGCCUACGAACGUAGUCUCACUGUACACGGGCUUGUGUUGGAAGUUGCAUGCACAGCUGCAUUUCACCUGGCUGAUCAAAAAUGAUGUCUAUGAGGCUGGCACUGAAACAGCAGAUACUGUGAU